CACAACCCCCGCUCCACUCUCCCCCAGCGUCACUCGUAUGACCCGCCGCGCCAAGCCACCCUGCGGUGACUGUUCGUGUCUCUGGCUCCCGCUCUGUCCCGCUGCUCAACCUUUGCCUGGUCGCGCCGGCGCCUGCGCUUCUCGACGCUCGCCACCAGUCACUCGCUCUCGUCGCGCGUCGGUCGCAACCGGCGGAGCGUUGGUGCUGCGCUUUCGAGUCACGUGUUUGAGGAGCUUUUGCUCUUGAGGGGGACAGGGUUUAGCGAUGGACAAAAACCCAGCACCGCCAAAGCCAAAGCCUCCUGUCAAGGACUCAGACGAAGAGUCGGAGACUAGCGACGAGGAGACUGAGGACGAGGAUCAGGCUGAAGGAGGGUCUGAGUACGAAUCUGAGAGUGACGAGAGCACCGACACUACUAAGAAGAAGCUUACCAGUAUACUUCCCACGAAGCAGCAGCAGCUGGCUACCAAAGCUGCUGUCCCUGGCAGUCCUGCUAAGAGGACUCGAGAAGCUAAUGGGAAAAAGGGCAAAGAGGAUGAGCCACUAAGUAAGAAAAAGAAGCCUGAAGUAGCAACCCCUGCUGCUAAAUCGGCACCAAAGCCAGUGGUUCCUCAGUCAGAUAAGAAGAAACAAAGCGCAUCUAAAACAGAGAAAGCCAAGCCUACACCGAGAGAAAAAGCAUCUAAAGACACUGCGGACAAAGAUGACAAGAAGUCUUCAAAGAGGAAAGCCCCGAGUUCUGCCGCUAAGUCGGAUGGUGCAAAAUCUACGUCCAGCAGGUCCGAGGAGGAAACUCCACAGAAGGCUAGUAGGCCUUCUCGACCAUGGUCACCUGAGGAGGAAAUUGUUCUCUCAAAAGAACUUCAACUAGAUCGUUACAAUGACGUCUAUGGAGCAACUCUUCCCGCUUCUCGGGCAGAUCAGUACUGGGAGAGGUUAAUGAACAGGCUUCCGUUUAUGGAUAGGUAUGAUCCAGAACAAAGAACUGAAAGGCUCUGUGAGAAGGUGAGGCGGAUGAGAUUGCGUUAUGAAGCUCUCUUGCACCGCAUCCAGGCGGGCGAAACGAACGUCUGGAAGAGUGACCAUGAAGGGGUUCUGUGGCGAAUGUGGCAUACCAUUUGGGGACCUCACAAGGCGACUCAGGCGAUGUUAAGUGGUGAGGAUGAAGGGGAAGAAGACGAAGAAGAAGAGGAGGAUGAUGAUGAAGAAGAGGAAGACGAAGAGGAUGAGGAGGUUGAGCCAAUGCAGGCGAAAGGACGUCAAUCUGCCGUAGCUAACGCGACUCCUCAAAAGAGAGCGGAAAUCAAGAAGAAACCAGAAACUAGCUCCGACGAACAAGUGCCAGCGAAAGGAACUCCACUGGCGGUGAAAGCAGCGCCAGUCGCACAGGCCGUUCCAGCAGCACGUGCAACAGAAGCGAGUGCAGUGACAGGAAAUCAACCCUCAGCCCCAAAACCUGUCGCAACCAAGGGUCCUACUCCAACUGCAAUGGAAGUGGAUGUGAACUCCCAUGGAAAGGAUGCUUCACAACGAGUUGCAGCGUACAAUGGUCAUGUGGUAGCUUCUGCUUUAGUUGAACAAGCAGCCAAGAUAGCCCUCAGUGAUGAGAUACGGGCGGAGAACCUUGCAUUCCUCCGUGAUUUGAGGGGAACCUGCGUGAAGAUGGUCGAGGAAGCCAGGACGCAAAGCUUUCUCAUAUCUGAAAGGAUGCUUGAAGAAACUCGUGCCAAGGCCACUCAAAUAGUUGAGGAAGCUAGGGAGAAGAGUUCCCAGAUCAUGGAGGAAUUACGCUUGGUUGCUGAGAGACUAGGGGCUAUUGCUGGUCAUGGCGGACGGAUGAAUGGUCCAGGUAUAGGAAGCUGGACCGACUUUCCUGAAACAUCAUUUCCAGGCCGGACUCUUGGGUUGCCUAUUGGAGAUCAGACUCAACUGGAGGACAAGUGGCGUGAACAAAGUGAAGCUGAGCAAGGCUUGCUUCUUCAAAGAUUACAGCUUGUACAAGAACAGGCACGAGUUCAGCAAGAAGGUAUUCGGCUCAAGAUUAACCUUCAAAAGCAGCAGGCCAAAGACAAGUGAUUUCUCGUCUAUUUUUAAUCCAUAUUUACAGCUUACUGCCUUGGAUCUGUGAAGAGGGCCUUAUCUUAUUUGGAUAUGAGUUUUGUAGCAGCUCUUGCCAGCUCAUAUGUGUGAUACUGUGAGCAAGAAGCAGCAGGCUUAUAGCUAUUAGUAAUGCCUGUAUUUUAGCCCCAAAUAUGGGGCUUGUCGGUGUCUUCAGUUCCUUUUCACUAGUGGCGGAUUUGAUCGUUCAAGCCAAAACUCUGGAUGUUUUGACCACCGAUGUGUAAGGGUACCUCCUUAGUUUAUUUUCUUUUGUUAUCAUUGACUUUCAUUUUAAAGAUCACUUCAUGUGCUACGAACUAUCUAACACUUCA